AUGGAGAAAUGCUUACGACAAGUGCGAAGCUCAGGAUCACGGCAUCGAUCUUACAUGAUAUAUUACUUACGUAUUUUUGGUGCCGUAUUUAUAUUGCUGUUAAUUAUACAAUUUAUAUCAUCUAUUCGGUCAUCGGAUAGAUUGAAAAUACUUCGGAAACCAUCAGUAUCACCUCCACAGUUAUCGCAAAUUAUUGUAAUAACGCCAACUUAUCGGCGACCAACAAGAUUAGCAGAUAUGACAAGGAUGGCAAACACAUUAUCACAUAUUAAAAAUUUGUAUUGGAUUGUUAUUGAAGAUGAAAAUCAUACAGUAAAAGCUGUUGAAAAGUUGCUCAAUCGUACCGCUUUACCGUAUACAUACUUUCCAGCUAAAACACCACCAGGUUAUCCACGUCGUGGUUGGUAUCAGCGAACUAUGGCAUUGCAAUUUUUACGUAAUAAUUCGGAUUUAAUAAAUAGUAAGUCAGCUAAAUCAGUUGUCUACUUUGCCGACGAUGAUAACUCAUAUGAUAUUCGAUUAUUUAAUGAUUAUAUAAGAAACGUACAAAAGGUUGGAAUAUGGGCUGUUGGUUUUGCCGGAGGUGCAUUGGUGGAAUCACCCGCGGUUGUUAAUGGAACAGUUGUAGGAUGGAAUGUAAUAUGGCAUAAGAAAAGGAAAUUUGCUACUGAUAUGGCUGGUUUUGCUGUAGCCUUAAAUGUUAUUCUUAAUUCAACGGCAGUGUUUGGUAAAUCAUGUAGUCGCGGUCUCGGUGCACCAGAAACGUGUUUUCUUGAAGAUCUCGGCCUUCAAACUCUCGAUCUCGAGCCAUUUGGCUUCGAUAAGAAAGAACGUGAAAUCCUGGUAUGGCAUACUAAAACCGCUAAGAUAACUCUCGAUAAACGAGUUGCAGAUACAAAUGGCUUUUUUGUAGAAUAACGAAAUUUAAUCUUGUUGUUGUUAUUGUUGAUAAAGUUUUCAAAUAAAAAAU